AUGUCACAACAAGCAGGUGCUAGUAUUAGAAGAAAAUUAGUCAUCGUAGGUGAUGGUGCGUGUGGUAAGACCUGUCUAUUAAUUGUAUUUUCCAAGGGUCAGUUCCCAGAAGUAUACGUUCCAACAGUGUUUGAAAAUUACGUUGCUGAUGUCGAAGUAGACGGACGUCGUGUCGAAUUAGCAUUAUGGGAUACCGCUGGCCAAGAAGAUUAUGAUAGAUUAAGACCAUUAUCAUACCCAGAUUCUAAUGUUGUCCUAAUCUGUUUCUCCAUCGAUCUACCUGAUUCUUUAGAGAAUGUGCAAGAAAAAUGGAUUGCUGAAGUGCUCCAUUUCUGUCAAGGUGUUCCUAUUAUUCUUGUUGGUUGUAAAGUUGAUUUAAGAAAUGAUCCACAAGCCAUCGAAGCUUUAAGAGCAGAUGAACAACAACCAGUAAGUACCGCCGAAGGUCAAUCUGUUGCUGAACAAAUUGGAGCCACCGGCUAUUAUGAAUGUUCAGCCAAAACUGGUCUUGGUGUGAGAGAAGUCUUUGAAGCUGCCACAAGGGCUUCGUUUAUGGGUAAGUCAAAGAAUAAUGGAAAAUCCAAGAAGAAUUCUUCUGACAAGAAAAAGAAGAAGAAGAUGAAGUGUGUUUUAUUAUAA